CACUUGUGCUCUGCCGCGCCGCCGUUGAGGGAAGCGGCGAGAGCGGCGUCCACCCCCGCCCCUCGUCCCCCUCCUCCUCGUCCUCCUCCUGCUGCUGCCGCCGCCGCCGCCUCGCUCGACUCCUCUUCCUCCUACGCCGCUCGCUCCCUAGCCCCGAGCCUCAGGUGUGCGCCCGAGGAGGUGUUUGCUUCGCGUGGAUGAGGAGCCCCCUGUAAUCAGCCAAGAUGAUUGGGGGCCUCUUCAUCUACAACCACAAGGGAGAGGUGCUCAUCUCCCGCGUGUACCGAGAUGACAUCGGGCGGAAUGCGGUGGACGCGUUCCGCGUGAACGUCAUCCACGCGAGGCAGCAGGUCCGCUCGCCCGUCACCAACAUCGCGCGGACGAGCUUCUUCCACGUGAAGCGCUCCAACGUGUGGCUGGCCGCCGUCACGCGCCAGAAUGUCAACGCCGCCAUGGUGUUCGAGUUCCUGCUCAAGCUCUGCGAGGUCAUGGCCUCCUACUUCGGGAAGAUCUCCGAGGAGAACAUCAAGAACAACUUCGUGCUCAUCUACGAGCUGCUGGACGAGAUUCUCGACUUUGGCUACCCUCAGAACUCUGAGACGGGGACUCUGAAAACAUUCAUCACACAGCAGGGAGUGAAGUCUCAGCACCAGACGAAGGAGGAGCAGUCUCAGAUCACGAGCCAGGUGACUGGGCAGAUUGGGUGGCGGCGCGAGGGCAUCAAAUACCGGCGCAACGAGCUCUUCCUGGACGUGCUCGAGAGCGUCAACCUGCUCAUGUCGCCCCAAGGUCAGGUGCUGAGUGCCCACGUGUCGGGCCGCGUGGUCAUGAAGAGCUAUCUGAGCGGGAUGCCCGAGUGCAAGUUCGGCAUGAACGACAAGAUCGUCAUCGACAAGCAGAGCAAGGGCCCCACCGACGAGACGGCCUGCAAGACUGGCAAGCAGUCGAUCGCGAUCGACGACUGCACGUUCCACCAGUGCGUGCGCCUCAGCAAGUUCGAGUCGGAGCGGAGCAUCAGCUUCAUCCCUCCCGACGGGGAGUUCGAGCUCAUGAGGUACCGCACGACCAAGGACAUCAUCCUGCCGUUCCGCGUCAUUCCGCUCGUGCGUGAGGUCGGGCGCACCAAACUGGAGGUGAAGGUCGUCAUCAAGUCCAACUUCAAGCCCUCGCUGCUCGCCCAGAAGAUAGAGGUUCGCAUCCCCACCCCUCUGAACACGAGCGGCGUGCAGGUGAUCUGCAUGAAGGGCAAGGCCAAGUACAAGGCGAGCGAGAACGCCAUCGUGUGGAAGCUGAAGCGCAUGGCCGGCAUGAAGGAGUCCCAGAUCAGCGCCGAGAUCGAGCUGCUGCCCACCAACGAGAAGAAGAAGUGGGCCCGGCCGCCCAUCUCCAUGAACUUCGAGGUCCCCUUCGCCCCCUCGGGCCUCAAGGUACGCUACCUCAAGGUGUUCGAGCCCAAGCUGAACUACAGCGACCACGACGUCAUCAAAUGGGUUCGCUACAUUGGCCGCAGCGGCCUCUACGAGACGCGCUCGUGACGGGCCACUCCAACUUGCCCCCCUGCCACGCCACCGCACGUGGCGCGGCCCGUCCCACAACCGCACGGGCCGCGCCGCGCCGGGCCGGUCCACCCACGCGCGGCGGGGCGGGGGGGGUUAUGUGACGUGAUUCCGUAGGCUGGAUGUUUCAUCUCGGUAAUUUCACCCCCUGCCUCCCCGGUGAGCGUGAGUCAUGGGGCGAUCCCCUUCUCCGUUCGUCACGAAUCGUUAGUCGUCUGCGCCCCGCCGCCCUCCGUGUCGUCGCGGGCGCUCGGCUUGUGGAGUCGCCGGCGCUGCGUGGAGGAUUCCCCCGCACGCCCCCCACCCCCGCCCCCCACCCCCCGCCCCCCGCCCCCCCGCGUCCGCUUUCACUGGGAAUGGUUCUUAGCAAAGGGAUUGGUAGAGGAUCCGUUAACCGCCAAGGCCUGAUCGUUUUUGGAGAUCGAUUCGCUGGGAUCACUUUUUUUAGAUGGUGGGUGGUUUAAAAAAAGAAAAUUAGUGGAGUAUUUGUCGUUAAGGAGCGCGAAUCCAGACACACCGAUGUUCUCGAUUCAUUGGCUCGCUCGCGAGCUGCGGUCGAUUCGUACGCUCGCGACGUGCCGAUUGAAUCGGGCGCGUCGCGUUCCACCCGUUGCGUAUUUUCCUACUGUGCUGUCCUUACGGAAGCAAAACGGGGCGAACGAUUGACCCAUAAUAACCCCCCCCCCCCUCUCCCAACCUUCCCUUCACCGCCCCCCGCCCCACCGGUGCGGGCGAGCUCCUCACCGCGGCCCGGUGAACGUCCGCCCCUCCCGGCGCUUGCCGUCACCGCUCUGUCCGUGUUGCGGUGCCCUCUCGGUUAGGCCACCUCGCCCCCCCCUCCACCCCCACCUUGCUGGCUAUUCGUGCGUCGUGUCGUCUACGCGUGUCUACGUGUGUCUACGUGUGUGUGUGUCGUGGAUUGGCGCCGUAGGCGCGGCGUGGUCCAUGGUGACCGACCGACGGACGGACAGACGGUCGAACGGGCGGACGAAUAGACACGAGGGACGAACGGCUUCGAUGGACAGACGCGCGAGCAGACGAGCGAAGCUCUGCGGGCGCCGCGCCGACUCCUCGCACGCUCGCCCGGCCUCGGCUGCCUGAGAGAUGCGUCCCGGUUUGUGCGACCCACCACCCCCCCCCCCCCCGCGGGGGGGUGAGGAGCGUGGGCGACGGAAGGGGCCCCCCCUCGCAGGCAGGGGAGACCACGCGAAGGGACGCGCCAUGUGGCUCGUGCUCUCACCCAGUCGCCUUGUUUUUGUGGCGGUGGUGGCGUUGUGUGACAGUCGCCUGCGUAGAACGAUGACUGCGGUCGAGUUUUCCCAAGCACCGGGUCGGCACGGCCUCGCAAAGUGUCGCUCGGUCUACUCGCCCUGGGAUUAUGAUGGUGACGACGACGACGAUGACGAUGAUGACGCCGACGACGUGGUUGCGUUAACCCUGAUUAGACCUCCUGCCAUUCGUGGUUAUGAGCUCCCCCACCCGUGCUCCUCUUGAGUGAUGAUUAUCGCUGUAAUUGCGCACUGUUAACCUCGAUCAGUAAUCUCCACAAGCACGGCCUCGCGUCUCCUGAAUAAAGUAGUCGGAGGCGACUGAG